AUGCGGUCGGUGAUGGUGGUGUCUGGCGGUGUGGUGGGGCGGCGGAGAGGGGGGAGGAGAGGAGAGGGUGGUGGUGGUGGUGGAGAGGAGGAGGAGGGAGCGGCGGUUGAUGAAGUGGAGGUUAGGAGGAGGGGAGGAGGGGAGGGUGGUGGAGCAGCGGCAGGAGGAGAACAUGGCGACGGUGCAUGGUGGAGAGAGGAGAGCGCAGGAGAGAGAGAAGAAACCAGAGGGAGGGGAGCGGAGAGGGAGAAGAGGGAGGAAGGAGGAGGGAGUCGCAGCCUCGUCGCAGCAGCCGUCCGAUCGUCGUUCGACCCACCUCGUCGCAGCAGCCGUCCGAUCGUCGUCCGACCCACCUCGUCGCAGCAACGGUGCGCCGUCUCCUCCGCCUCCGACCCCGCCUCCUCCUCCUCCUCCUCCUCCUCCUCCCACUGGUUAUGGCCCCCUCCAUAA